CGGGAUAACAACCACAGCGAUGGUAGCCACCAUCAUGGCGAAACGUAGUACGUCUUUUGUGCUUUGUGUGUUAAUUAUUUGUUUAGUGGAUGUGUACGGGCAAUCUUCAACAUCACCACCACCGGCACAGAAGCCUGCAUUGAAUCCACAAGAUUAUAUGAGUCUUCUGAAUCAGGGUUUACAACUGUUGAACACAUCGAUGUCUUCAGACAUUUUAAAACAGCUGUCCGGUAUUACGUCGUUACUACCAACGAUGAACGAACAAACUUUGAUGAACAUUCUCCAAAGAUUGAACAUAUCUGUAACAAGUUCACAAGUUGAUAGUGCCAUUAAAUUUGCACAAGGUGCAUUUUCAGCAGCAUCGACCCAACUGAACAGCGCAAAUAAUUCAAAUCUUUUUGGAAAAGCGCAAACAAUUUACGGAAUGAUAAGUCCUCAAUGUAAAGCUUCUAUGGGCCUGCUGACCUCUCAGGUAGUGCAACAGAAACCUUGGGCACUGCAAAUGAUUGACUCCUGGGGGAAGCCAAAUGCCGGUAUUUUGACAGGAAGUACAAAAUGGAUCGGAUCCUUUGACCAGUGUUUGGGAGUACAGCCUGAUGUCCAGGGGGCGACACCCUUCGAAGUGGGGUAUUGCGCAGCCAAUAUACCUUUCCAAAUCAAUGGCCAGGCCGUCUCUCUGUACCUGGGAAUGUGUAUACCGUCAACUUGCAAUUAUUUCGACGUGCUCAAUAUUGCUAAUGCGUUGACGUCAUUAAUUCCUGUAAGCAAACCGCCUACCGCCACCUACGCCCUAUGUAACAAAGAAAUAGAGUAUGAUACUCGAGCUAUCAUAGCUUUGGUCGUGUGUGGUUUCUUCCUGGCUUUGGUGAUAUUUGCAACAAUAUUUGACGUGUUUAUCGUGAGUCCAGAGUUAAAAAGGAUAGCUAAACCAACUGCCGUGGAGAAAGUGGACGACACCACCAAAACAACUAAUGGUAUAUCUUACAUCUCGAAAGAUUUGACAGGACCUAAUCUGGAAAAGAUGGAAAUUGAAAUGAACGUUGUAAACGAACACAUGCAAACAAACGGUAACCAUCCUGGGUCAAUGUACAAACUCCACGACGAAACAGUCCAAGCAAAAAUCAGAAAGUCUUCAAACUAUCCUGGAAUGUGCGCAAAGUUAGUCCUGUCCUUUUCGGCAUGGACCAAUGGCAAGAAACUGCUCAGUACUGAACAAGCGAGAGGAACUCUUGGUGCUAUCAACGGUAUUCGCUUCCUGAGCAUGACAUGGGUUAUCCUUGGACACACCUAUAUUUUUGGUCUUAUCUUCGGUGUCUAUGCAAAUCCAUUGUCAUUCAUGUCUCAGAUGCUUCAACGGCUAAGUUUCAUGGCAAUAACUAAUGCACUCUUGUCAGUGGAUACUUUCUUUACACUAAGCGGGCUGUUGGUCUCGUACAUGUUUAUGAAGGAGAUGAAGAGAGAAAGAGGUCGUAUCAACUGGUUCAUGUUCUACUUCCAUAGGUUCUGGAGGUUGACACCCCCAUACAUGCUGGUGAUGAUGAUAGACAUUGCAUUGUUACGUUACAUGGGGGAUGGACCAGCUUGGGUUCCAACCGGUUUCGAACAGGAUUUCUGCAAAGACACCUGGUGGACUAAUUUAGCCUACGUGAACAAUCUGAUCAAGACGGACAAACAGUGUUUUGCCUGGGCAUGGUAUUUGGCAAAUGAUAUGCAGUUCUACGUCAUCAGUCCUCUUCUUCUAGUCCCACUUUAUUUCUCAAAAAAGAUCGGAGGAGUGAUUACUGCAAUCUUUUUGAUAGGAAUAACAAUUAUUACUGCAGUUGUUUCAGCACAUUAUCAGCUACCGGCUACACAAUUCUCAACGGUACCAAACCCUCACACAGCCGACUAUUUCCCGAAGUACUACAUAAAACCAUACUGUCGUAUGGGGCCAUACAUCGUUGGAAUUAUAACAGGAUAUAUCCUCUACAAAACUGAAGGCAAAUACAAAAUCAAACCGGCAUUGAACAUUUUAAUCUGGGCAUUUGUGACAGCCUUGGCCUGUAUGGUAUUGUACGGUACUUACCAGGAGUCGAUCGGUCAUGCCAUGAGUGUUGGCAUCGCAGCAUUGUACAACGCUGUUCACAAAAGUCUGUGGGGGGUCUGUGUUUGCUGGGUCGUGUUUGCAUGCGUAACCGGAAAUGGAGGUUUCGUGAACACGCUGCUAUCGUGGAGUCCGUUUGUCCCACUUGGCCGUCUUACCUACUGUGCUUAUCUUGUCCACCCGAUCGUAAUGACCAUCUAUUACAGAACGUUAAGACAAACAGUAUAUGCAACGGACUUCGUCAUAAUAUACCUGUUCAUGGGUCACCUGGUCAUUUCUUACUUGGUGGCGUUUCUAACAUCCCUGGCGUUCGAGUCCCCGAUGAUGGGACUUGAGAAGACACUUCUCGGAAAACUGAGGAAAAAGAACGUAUAGAUCUUGGAGUCAAAUACAUAUUCAUAAUAUAGUCGAAUAGCUAUUCAUAAUAUAGUCGAAUAGCUAUUCAUAAUAUAGUCGAAUGGAUAUUCUUAAUAUAGUCGAAUAGAUAUUCAUAAUAUACAUUUAUAGAUCAAUACACUUUCCAUUAAAGAGUAAUUAAGGAAAUCAAAGCUACAUGCUUCACAUGGAUCAAAGGAAAUCGAUACGCUAAUAGUAUUAUACUAUUUCUAAACACUGUUUUUUUCUAGUAGGUAUUUCUCAUUUAAUUAAGUGAAGCACGUUUCCUAGUUCAUUGCAUAUUAAUGUAUGUAAAUAUUAGCGAACUUCUUCCAGAAAGCACGUGUAAAUGCUAACAAAAACAUUAGCAUGUAGACUACUGUAUGAGACCCCAAAAUAAUCAUUAAAAAUAUCACAUUUUACA